AAGGCGAGAUCAGCUGAUGUAUCUCUGCUCUUCCUUGUCCUCCUCUUCCUCCUCUUCUUCUUCUUCCUCCUCCUCCUCCUCCUCCUCUUCCUCCUAAUCUUUCUCUCCCUUCUUCUUCUAUUCCUUCGUUUAGUUUAUAUUUUGUGUGUUCUUUAAUUUUCAUUGUUUUUUUUUUUUAAUAUCCAAGAAGAUUUUUCAAAGCCCACGGCAGGAUGGAGAAGACAGACUACAAAAAGCCGCAGGAUUUCGAUGAUAUCCUACAGCAAGUUGGGUCCUUUGGGAAAUACCAGAAGCUAAGGAUCGUUCUCCUCUUCCUCCCGUGUUCCUUCUUCUUCGGCUUCACGUCCACCAGUGUUAUGUUCGAGAUGGUGGUGCCGCCUCACUGGUGCCACGUGCCGGGCCGCGAGAACACCUCCUCUCCCUUGACGAAUGGAAAAACCUCACCAUACCGCCAGAAAGCAACGGCUCGAGCAAACUGUCAAGCUGCCAGAUGUACGAUGGUUACUGGGCGACAACGAUCAACGGUACCCUCACCUACACCCCGACCACUGACAUCAAGGAGUGCAGCCACGGUUGGGAGUUUGAACAGAGUGAUUUCAUCGAGACGGACCCCACGGAGCAUGAGUUGGUGUGUGACAAGUCCUCCUAUGCCCACAAUACCAUGUCCAUCAACCUGGCGGGCCGCGCGCUGGGCACCCUCAUCAUGCCAAUGAUCGCUGACAAGUACUUCGGGAGGCGGAUCAUGUUUUACGUAGCAGUGGCCUCGUACAUCAUCUUCACCCUGCCCUUGCUGUGGGUGUCGCAUCCCACUGCCAGGCUGCUGCUGCGCUUCAUUCAGUGCUGUGGCUUUGAGACCAAUUACCUCAUGCCUUACGUCAUCUUGAUGGAGCUGAUCCCCCCUAACCGGCGUGACCUGACGGUGAUGCUGACCUUCGUGUCGUGGACCCUGGGGAUGUCCUCCAUGUCCCUCGUGGCGUACCUAAGCAUGCAUUGGAAAGUGAUCUCUGCUGUGUCUAUCGUCCCAAUGGUGCUUUCCUUCAUCUAUUGGCGGAUGCUUCCGGAGUCUCCUCGGUGGCUGCUGUCGAAGGGAAGGCUGAGAGAGUGUGCUGAUAUCCUGUUCAAUAUCGGCGCCGCUAAUGGAACCAAGGGCACAGUGACACGGGAGGAGGUGGAGGAGGAGCUGCGUGACUUAUCCUACCGCCUGCCUGCCAAUGAACCGCUAUCCAGAGUCUUCGUCUACCCAAAACUGAGACUCCGUGCUUGUAUGCUCUUUCUUCUCUCGUUCACUCAGUUCCCGGUGUACGGUGUGGGGGUGAUGUCAAUGACGAUAAUGCCUGGGAACUACUUCAUGAGCCACCUGAUCCUCACCUUGUUUGAAAUCCCGAGUGUCUUUGUGGGCCUCACUGUCACUCACUACUUCGGCAGACGGUUCCUCGCCUUCUCCUCUCUCUUCCUGUGCGGGAUUUGUUGUAUUGUUGCCCCAUUCUGCGUGGACCAUAUGUGGAAGCUAAUAGCAGUCCUGGCAGUCCUUAAGCUCGCUGUAUCCUGCACCUUGUAUCUCGUCUUCCUGCUGCCCUCGGAGAUCCUACCCACGCCUGUCAGGACCUCAGGAGCAGGGCUAACUGUGGUCUCAGGAAUGUUGGGAAUGACCUUCGCUCCUUAUCUACUGCAAUCCGGACAGGGAGGCACCUUACAGUACUGGGUGUUGCUGGGAAUCACACUGUUGGGGGCCUUGACAGUCGUUCCCAUCCCGGAAACCUUAGGGCUGGUUAUGCCUCAGACUUUCCUGGAGGGGGAGGAGCUGGGGCGCGGCAGACCCCUCACCGCCUGGAUACACAAAUGGAACGUGCACAAAUACCCCGCAGCGCCUCCACACCACACGAAGGAGGAGGUGCAGGAUCUCAUGAACGGGAAGGCUUAGGGAAUCUCUUUGGUAGUAGUCAUUUAGAGAGAAUCUAGUGGGUUAAAGGGUAUUUUGGUUAAAUUUAGUGUUGGAGAAAGAAAAGUGAUCAGGGAAUCUUGUUUUAAAGCAGUUAUAAGGAGUUUCAGGGCUUUCAAAGAGGAUCUAGUGGGUUAAAGAGUGUUCAGGGUAAAUUUAAAGUGUUGGAGAAGGAAAAGUGAUCAGGGAAUCUUGUUUUAAAGCAGUUUUUAAGGAGUUCCAGGGCUUUCAAAGAGGAUUUAGGGUGUUUAAAAGGUGUUCUAGAUAAAUUUAAAGAGUUUUCGUCCUGUUUAGAGUAUUGGCAAACGAAAAGACUUAGUGAAUCUCGUUUUGAAGUGAUUACAUAGAAUUUUAGGGCUUUCAAAGAAGAUUUAGGAAGUUUAAACAGUGUUCUAAGUCAAUUUGGAGUUUUUUCAGCGUGUUUAGGAUAUUAGAAAUGGAAAAGACUUAGGGAAUCUUGUUUUGAAGCGGUUGUAAAGAGUUUUAGAGCUUUGAAAAUAGAUUUAGGAAGUUUAAAGAGUGUUCUAGACAUAUUUAAAGAGUUUCCGUCGUGUAUGGUGUUAAAGAUAGAAAAGUGAACUGUGAAUCUUGUUUUGAAGCGGUUAUAAAGAAUUCUAGGGUCUUCAAAGAGGAUACAGCGGGUUUAAAAGGUGUUCGAUCAUGUUUAGUAUUAGUAAAGAGAGGGAGAGAGAGCGAGAGAGAGGAAAAAAGGGUGGGAAAGCUAAUUAAGUAUCAUAUUAACAUUAUUCGGUCAUUAUUUGUCAUAUGUAUUCAUUUUCAUCGCUUGCACUUCAUUAUAUAUUUUUUCCCAUUUUUUUUUCUAUUCCUCCUUUUCAUUUCGAAGUGAUGAGAUGUAAAAAUAAAAUAGAUAGAUAAAUAGAUAAAUAAAUGAAUAAAUAUAGUACAUAU